AACGACUCUGCUAUGUGCACGCGCUCUGCUAGGCACGCGCAGCAGUGUCUCUCACGCGGGCGCGCGGGAACUAAAGGAACAUCAGGAAGGCGAUGCGGCGGGCCUCAAAAAUGGAUCACCGCGCUUUGUUCACGGCUUUAGAGAAAGUGUGUGAGGAGAACAUCUCUAUCUUGUGUGGCCCCUCUGAUCUGCCAUACGGGAGCGUUACUAAGCGCCUGGUCACCUGUCUAAAGAAAAUCCAGGAGCACGGCCGCGCUCUGGAGCCGCUGGUGUCCAGCUUUGCUGCUGUUUAUCACCACUAUGACUUGGAUGCUCAAACGCCUGGGAACGGUUACCGCUCGCUGGUUAAGAUCCUGCAGUCCUGCAUUUUACACAUCAUUCAUAAAGGCCGUUACAUCUCUUCAAACUACAACGGGGCCUUCUUCAGAGCAGAGCACAAUGCCUCAGAGAUGGAGGCGUACUGCAGCACCCUCUGCCAGCUGAGGGCGCUGCUCCACGUUGCCCAGAUGCUGCUAAACGACAAUGAGCACGGCCAGCUGCACAACCUGCAGGACGAGGAGCUGAGCAGCCGGUUCGUGCAGGAGUACAUCUCCAUGCACAAAGCCUGCUUCUACGGCCGCUGCCUUGGCUUCCAGUUCAGCCCAGCCCUGCGUCCGUUCCUGCAGACCAUCAUCAUCAGCAUGGUUUCAUAUGGAGAGACAUUCGGCAAACAGCAGUCCGGCGUUGGUACAGCUGCCCUCUCUCUAUUCACCUCAGGGAAAUAUGUCAUCAAUCCAGAGCUGCGCGGCGCUGAGUUUGAACGCAUCACCCAGAACCUGGACCUGCACUUCUGGAAGUCCUUCUGGAACAUCACAGAGUCGGACAUUUUAUCAGGCUUCACCCGGAUCGCCUCCAACCCGGUUCAGGUCAACCUCACCUUGACCGUGCCUCCAGUCACUCUGCACCUACCUCUGGCCUCAGACCACAGACUCUCCACUGCGGUGUCGCCUCCCGUCGCCCACUGGGGCCCUGGGCCUGUCCACAUGCGACUGAUCUCUUAUGAGCUUCGAGAAGGACAGGACAGUGAAGAGCUGCAGACAUUCUUCCGCAGCGAUAACGCCCCCAACUCUGUGAGCCACCUCCCCUGGGUUCAGAAGCUGCCUCCCUCCCCCUGGCUGAUCCUCCAUUUUCACGGCGGAGGCUUUGUGGCCCAGACAUCCCGUUCCCAUGAGAGUUACCUUCGGAGCUGGUCAAAGGAGCUUGGUGUCCCGGUCCUCUCUGUCGACUACUCUCUGUCUCCCGAGGCUCCCUUUCCCCGAGCUCUGGAGGAGUGUUUCUACGCAUACUGCUGGGCUCUGAACAACUGUCACCUGCUGGGCUCCACGGCAGAGCGCAUCUGUCUGGCAGGUGACAGCGCCGGAGGGAACCUCUGCAUCACCGUGUCGAUGAGAGCGCUGUCCGCCGGCAUCAGGGUUCCCGACGGCAUCAUGGCCGCCUACCCCGCCACCCUGCUCACCACUGACGCCUCGCCCUCCCGCCUGCUCACCCUCCUCGACCCACUGCUGCCUUUAGGCGUUCUUGCAAGGUGCCUUAAUGCCUAUGCAGGUACCAACUUUCAGACGGUGCAGCCCUCAGAGAGGAGGGGCAGCCUGAGCGCUCUGGGCAGAGACACGGCCCUGCUGCUCUCUGACCUCACCCAGGGCGCCUCCAAGUGGAUCCAGUCCUUCCUGGACCCCAACCGCAGCUCGGGGGUCAAGCGUUCCCAGUCCACCCCACAGAUGAGGUCCGAGACCCGCUGGACACCCACUCACACCCCACUGCCAGACCACGAACACCACGUCAGCUACCCAGAGGGCUUUGAGCCCCUGCGCUCCCAGAACUUGGCUUUCAUCCCCCCGACAUCAUCCCCCAUCUUCAGGAAUCCGUUUGUGUCGCCACUGCUGGCCCCGCCCAGCCUUCUAAAAGGCCUGCCCCCCAUCCACAUUGUGGCCUCAGCUCUGGACGCUCUGCUGGACGACUCUGUGACGUUCGCCAAGAAGCUGCGAGGGCUGGGCCAGCCGGUGAGCCUGACGGUGGUGGAGGACCUUCCCCACGGCUUCCUCAGCCUCUCUCACAUCUGCAAAGAGACGCAGUUUGCUGCCGACAUCUGCGUUUCCCGAAUCAGAGAGGUCUUUGAGCAGGAGAAAGCCACGAUCACCCAUCACAAAACCACCACGCUGCAAGACAGUCCACAGAGCACCUUUUCCUGAUGCUGAGAAAAGACAUUCAUUUCUGAAAAUCUUCAGGUCGUUAUCCUCAAAGUCAGAAAAAAACAUCCCCAUGGUUUUAUUACUUUCAUAGCAGCGUGUCAACCACUACUGAGGCUAACUUGAACAUUUAAAAAAAAACUUUCAUUUCAAAAGAGGAGACUUUUUGGCCUUCGCUGCACUUUAAACCCGUCCUGCUCAGCACUUUCUGGAGGCGACAGCGUUCCAGAGAACCGGCUUGAGGACCCCAACGCUCACAGAACCGCUCCAAUCUCCUCGUCACCGCAGACACCCGUAAGCCGACCGCAGGGUUUCAUUAAAGCAGGAACCACACUCCAUUAUUCACUCCAUGCUGUUAUUUAUUACCUGAUAAACCAGUUUGUUACAUAUUUACCGCUAACUGACAGAGGCCUUCAGCUUGUGUUCACCAGCAGCUCGAGGGUGUGAGCCUAAAGGAACUGUCUGUAAAAGAAACUGCUUCAGCCUUUCUGACCUGCAUUAAAUCAACAGCACAAAUGUUGUUUACGUUCGUUUUAUUCUGAAAAGCAAACGGGAAGUGUUAUAGUGUUUUGUCAGAGCACCUUGUUGUUUGCUUGUUAGAGUUAAAGCUAUGGUUUAGAUUAAUUUUUGUUCUUUCUUUUCCCACUGAUUUACCUUUGAUAUUAGCAGACCGAGAGGGGACGCAAAUCAGCGUAACACCAAAGCUGACCCACUUCUCCACUGCAAGAUCUUCCCACUUUGUAAACCAAUAAAAACAAUUUUAAAACUUUGCUCUCAGCUUUAACUAAUACAUAAGUGAUUGUAUUUGUCUCUCUCAUUCCUAAAAUUGUCAACUUGAAUAAGAUUAAAUCUGUAAUCAAAGAAUAAGCUCAUCUGUGUCCAGUUUGGUGUGAAACUUGAUCAAUUUUUUUUCAACAUUUUAAAAUUCAAGUUCAUCUCUGUAUUGGUGGUUUUAAUAAGGGAAUGCAGGCUAUAUUAUUUCUACAAACUAUUUUAGUUUAGGGAACAAAUUAACCAAAUGUAAGUUACGGAAACUGAUGGAAAACUGUAAAGUCAAAUAAAACAAAUAUCCUUGUUUUCCUAG